CUGCACUACCAUCGUUGGGAGGAUUGAUCAUCGUGCUAUAGAGCAUUCUCAGCGCGCAUCGAUUGGCCCUUCGUAGCGAGCGCCGGCCGUGCAUCGUUCGCGUCGCCUAUCGCUACUCGAAGCCGCGCUUGCACAGCAGCUGCGGCCAGCAGCGACGCCAGCUUGACGACAUGAGUCUGUUUGGAGACGAUACGGACGGCCCGACACGUCCCAAAUCAUCGCUGUUCGACGACGAGCCUGCCACGCCGAGCAAGAAGAAGACUACCACCGCCGCCUCGUCCUCCAUCUUCGCCGAUAGCGCCGCCGACGACGCAGACGACACGCCGUGGGGCUUCACGCCUCGGAGAAACGCAGGCGGUCGAGGCAGCGUAGUACGCUCGUUGCUGGCCGACGUCGACGUGCCCGAUCUCUACAUCGACGCCUUUGACGAGCUCCAGACCGGCGGGCACGUGUCUAGCGAGGCUGCGAAGCAACUGCUGCACGAUUGCCCAGUUCCAGACGCCGAUCGCGAUAGCAUUUGGAACAUCGUCUCGAGCAACGGAGAGACGAACCGGUUGGGCAGAGGAGAGUUCAGCGUCCUUCUCGCUCUUAUUGGAUUAGCACAAGAAGGCGAAGAGCUGGGGUUGGACGCUGUCGACGAGCGACGAAGCAAGCUGCCUGUUCCUGAUCUGCCGGCGCGCAAGCUGGAUAACCAGAACAGCAAAAUGGCACAGCCUGAGACGUCCCAUACAGAGGCACAAGCGGGCGCUCCAGCAUCGCCCGAGCAGCCUCGUACCAGCGCAGCACGCAAACCGUCGUUUGGUCUGGACAGCGACCCAUGGGCGAGUCCUGAGAUGCACAAGGGUCACAAGCACGUGAAUGGAAGCAAUGGUUACGGGUCUGAACAGAGGACUACGAGCACAUUUACGACAGCUUCCACGCAGUCUACCGCUGCCAAUGGGAGCUACGAUGUUGCUGGAUCAGCGCCCACAAACGAGAGCUCUGGCAGCUGGGGCGCUUCAAACAACUUUGCUGCGGGAAACACUGGCGGGUUCGGUGCUGCUGGUGGCCCGCCUGGCAGUGCUGGGUUCGGGGACGAGGGCAAUGGUCCUAACAAGCCAGCACCUCGAAGGCCACAACAAGUGCGCGCCAGUACUGGCGCUGACGAAUUCGUCACUGUCAAUAUACUCGACGAGAAGGAAGGCAUGUUUCUAUUUCAGCAUCGAAACUACGAAGUUGCUUCGCUCAGGCGGAACAGCAAAGUGAUUCGACGUUAUAGUGACUUUGUUUGGCUCCUGGACUGCCUGCAUAAGCGCUAUCCUUUCCGACAAUUACCGUUACUGCCACCCAAGCGGGUCGCAAUCAACGGCAAUCACAUUGCGGCGGAUGCUACGUUUCUGGAGAAACGGAAAAGAGGCCUCGCACGCUUUGCAAAUGCGCUCGUUCGACAUCCCGUGCUGAGAGAGGAGCAGCUUGUGGUGAUGUUCUUGACAGUUCCCACGGAAUUGGCCGUUUGGCGAAAACAGGCCACGAUCAGCGUGCAAGAAGAAUUCGUAGGCCGCUCGUUACCACCGAACCUUGAGGACAGCCUACCACAAAACCUUGCCGACACCUUUGACACAGUCCGAGGAGGUGUGCGGAGAAGCGCUGAACUGUACAUCAAUCUCUGCAACCUUGUCGAACGUGUCAUUAAGAGGAAGGAAGGCAUCGCAGCAGAGUAUGGACGAUUGAGCCUCAAUCUCACAACCGUGACAGAAGCCAGCAACGACACGUAUGCCAUCGACAACAGCGACGUUCCAAUGCUCAAUGAGGGCAUUGCCAGCACAGCAAAGCACAUAUCUACCUCGCAAGCUUUGCUCGUCGACGAAGCGCGGGCGUGGGACGAAGGCGUACUAGAGGACCUCAAGACGCUGCGCGAUGCGCUCGUAAGUGUCCGAGACAUGUUCGAUCGUCGCGACCGGUACGCAAAAGAUAACAUCCCGACUCUCGAACGUCGCAUCGAAGCCAAUGAGGCCAAACUUUCGAACAUUCAUGCCAAAGGGGAUGCUGCCAAGCCUGGAGAGGCGGACAAAGUGGCGAAUGCCAUCACAGCCGAUAAGCAGAGCAUCGUCAAUCAGCACGCCCGCGGCGUCUUUAUCAAAGAAUGCAUUCGAGACGAGAUUGUGCAUUUUCAAAGUACACAAUGGAAGAUUAGUCGACUGCACCAAGACUGGGCGCAGGAGAGGGUCAAGUACGCAGAGCUACAAGCAGACAACUUUAGAUCUUUGGUGGAUGCAGUGGAGGGGAUGCCGUUGAGUGAGUAGCAUUCUCUUCGUGCGAGGGUUGCUACGAUUCGGCGCGGAAUCUUGCGACGCAUCAGGCAGCGGUCCGAUAGUUUGGCGGUGCACUAUACUCAUUAGAAGGAACUGUGGAACCUGGGCGAGAAUCCGUAACUUACGAGCAUAGCGAAGGCAUUGCAUGGCAACAGAAUGGUAAUGUGUUACGCUAGCUGUGCAGAUAGAUGGAUCAAUGUAUGAAUGUAUCAGGAACUCGUGAU